UCGCUCCACUCCUGGCGACGACGCUGAUUUCGUUUUCGGGCUGCUGGUAAAGUUUGUGCAAUUAUUCCACGCGUGCGAGCUGGUAAACAUUUGGGGCUCAGUGACAAAGCCAGUGGCAAAGGACUUAUCGGACUGAUCGCCUAGGAAGACACAGUGUGGCCCAGCAGCGGGUAUAAGGUUGCCUGUGUGCGCGUGAAUGUGUGCGAUGGUUCGUGCGACCUAAGUGAACCACCUCGCUCGUGCAAACGGGAGUAAUUCUAGUGAAGUGGUUCCGUGCGCUGCUGCAGGAAAGGGUACGGAGAGACAGGAAAGGCCAACCACCGUGUCAGGUGUCAGUCGGCAACAUAAAGACUGACAACAUUUUACAAAACUAAACAAUCCCACAACCGAAGGAAACGAAGGCAAUCUGCUGUGGGAACGUUUUGAAAGAUGAAUCGCACUGACGGGCUCGUGCGACGUGUAAAGGCACGCGACACCGAUGCGAACGGAGGAUCAUCCUCGUCCGCGGGUAAUCAUGCCGAUCAGGACGACAACAAACUGGACAAGGAGGACGAAAUGGAGGACUGCGAUUCCAAGGAAACGCGUCUCACGUUGAUGGAGGAGGUGCUGCUGUUGGGGUUGAAGGAUAAAGAGGGCUACACAUCAUUUUGGAACGAUUGCAUAUCGAGCGGAUUGCGCGGUUGUAUUCUGAUCGAACUGGGUCUCCGGGGACGUAUCGAGCUGGAGCGGGCCGGUAUGCGACGGAAGGGGUUGUGCACAAGGAAAAUCGUUCUAAAAUCCGACAAUCCGACCGGUGAGGCGCUGCUCGACGAGGCCUUGAAACAUAUUAAAGAAACGUACCCGUCUGAAACCAUUCAGAGCUGGAUCGAAUAUUUAAGCGGCGAAACGUGGAAUCCGCUAAAGAUACGCUAUCAGCUGAAAAACGUACGCGAACGGCUAGCAAAGAAUCUAGUUGAGAAGGGUGUACUAACAACGGAGAAACAAAAUUUUCUCCUCUUCGACAUGACGACACAUCCUCUAACUGAUAACGUUAUCAAGUGCCGGCUUGUAAAGAAGAUACAGGAUGCUGUCCUCACGAAAUGGGUAAAUGAUCCGCAGCGCAUCGGCAAACGAAUGUUGGCGCUUAUUCUGUUAGCGCAUGCAAGCGACGUCCUAGAGAAUGCCUUCGCACCGCUCAACGACGACGAUUACGAGCUCGCGAUGCGACGGGUGAGAGAGCUGCUUGAUCUGGACUUUGAGGCGGAAUCCGCCAAAUCGAACGCCAACGAAGUGAUUUGGGCCGUGUUUGCGGCCUUUACCAAGUAAGAUAAGAAACCAUGCCCAUUCUGCCCAACGCAAUAACCACCCGUGCUAGCGCCACCGGGAGAAGAGCGAGAAAAACUUAGUAGUCCGUGUCCUUGUGACCCAUUGGCAAGUGGCUACGUAUGUGAUGGUAACAAAAGGACAACGUUGUCCUUAUUCUACUGUUAAUCGAUCUCCGUUCAAUGCGAGUAGCAUGGGGAACGAAUUUCCCCCCUGGAAAGGAUGCAGGGAACAAGCAGCGCUCGGAACGGUUUGCUGGCAUGUUUGUUUAUCUCCGUUCUUCCCUUUGGAUGGUUUUUUUUACUUUAAAAGUGCGCUGUUUUACCCAACGCUCCUUGACGUGGCCGAUCGGUGGGACCACUAA